AUGGGCGGUUAUAGAAGGAAGAGGUUAAGGAAGUAUAGAAGGUAUAGGACAGAUCCUUGGGAGGCAAGGGACAUGCCUUCGGAGGUUUUAUUUCAGAAGGACCACCACAGAUGGGAGGGACAAAAAGCAGUAGAAAAGGAAGACGAAGACUUUGUGACUUGUGAUCCUGCUGUUCCAGAAGACGUAAUCAUGAGGAACAAUACGCAGGUUAGACAUACGCAGGUUAGACUUUCCCCUAUGGAAGAUGAAGAAUGCAGCAACCGCAAGUAUCCCACUAGUCCUGAAGACAAUACAGACUGGUUAUCCUUAAUGUACGAAUAUGAACUGCAGUCUCUGCUAGUUACGGGAUCCUUUGGAGGGUUUUACACUGCCAGGCGUAUCAUAGAUGGCUUACCGGUCGCCAUCAAAGUCAUGAACAAGGAUUCCGUUUCUGAGUGGAUUUGUCUUCCUGGAGAAAUGCGUCCGGUCCCGCUUGAAAUUGUGCUCAUGAACCACAUUGCAAAAGCUCCAACUUCCCCGGGUGUCAUCCAACUUCUCAACUGGUGUGUCAGCAGCUACAAUGUAUUUCUAAUCUUCGAUCUUCCUGAGCACUGUGUGGAUCUGGACAAAUUUGUCUUCAACAAUCCCAGAUACUUGGACGAGUCGCUCGUCCGGUGCAUCUUUCAACAGAUUGUGGAAGCCAUUCAGCAUUGUCAGGAAAGGGGAGUCUACCACAGAGAUCUAAAGAUGAGCAAUGUUUUGAUCCAGAGCCACUCCUGUCAGAUCAAACUAAUUAAUUUUGGUUGUGGAUCUCACCUUCGGGAGGGUGAAUAUACCAGCUAUAGAGGGACACUAAAGUAUGCUCCACCAGAGUGGUUUGUGAAACAACGCUUCCAAGCUGUGCCCGCAACAGUGUGGUCACUUGGUGUGGUGCUGUAUGCACUCAUCUUUGGAAUUUUGCCCUUUGGAACAAAAGAAGAGACCAUCAAAGGGAAACUUAGAUUUCCCUGUGUAAUAUCCCCAGAAUGUCUGGAUCUGCUCUUGCAAUGCCUUUCUCAUCGUCCCAAGGAUCGCCCCACGCUGAGGAACAUCCUGAACCAUUCUUGGAUGAACUGAUGUAACUGCCAUUUUCAGCUUUAAUUUGUUAAUAAGUGAAUCGUCAAAAACCAAGAGAAAAAGAGAGUCAGCUUUUGGAGGGUCAGUUUUGCUAAAAGUCAUCGUCAUGCAGAAGGUUUGGAGAGCACAAGCGCCAACUAACUCUGGAAGGGACGCUGCUUGCUACUAGGGGAUCAAUUACUCUUUUCAAAUAGGUUUAGAUGUACUAUUUAACAAUGUGUCUGCCUGUCAAGCAUGGACCAUAUAGAAAAUUCACACAAAGACAUCAAUGAGGUUGGAAAUAGAAGUCCGGAUUCCUGAAGUUAGGAGGUAAUUAAUGAUGAAAUGUCUAGGUAGCCAUAAUUAUUUAAAUUUAAUCAAUUCGUUCAUUUUUGCAAAACCUCAUGUAUCAAAUGAAAUGUAUCACACUGAGCCUAUCUUGGAAGCCUUAAGUCCAAGGCUGGAACCAUCCUGGAUAGGGCAACAUUACACCCACGAGCAUUGCAAUUAUUCAGGCUAAUUUGAGCUGUGACCAUUAAACCAAUCACACGGCUCUUUUGGUUACUUCAGGAUAAACCACAGCGCCUGUUCAAACAUAGAGAAAAGGUGAAAACUCCAAACCAAGAUUCAAAUUGAGGUCUGAGGCAAAGGCGCUAACUGCUGACCCUUCAAUAAACUGAUCAAAGUGUAUUCAAUAUAAUAUAAUGUUCCAAGGUGCUUAAGAAAGCCAAAACCAAAAAAAAAAAAUGCAAAUUGAAUGAUACAAAUCAAGUAGUCAUUUUAAACAUUAAAUAAAAUAGUCAUUAUGAGAAAACAAACAAAAUUGAAGCACUUUAAUACCAUUAUAGACAACAACGUUUAGUUGCUCUUCUUAAAAGGUAUUCUGCUCAAGAUGUAUUUCCUCUUCGUAUUUUUUA